CUUUCCCUCUCCAGCCUGUGGUACCCGGUCCUCAGGUGCAACCCCCUGCGUGGUCCUCUGUGGCAGCCUUCUCUCAUUCAGAGCUGGGUUGCAGCAGCUCAGACAAUCCUUACCAUGUGAAAGGAGGAAUGACUGUCAUGGCAUGAAAAAAGCAUCACUAUGAAAAAGAAAACUCGGUAGAAGAUAAUGGCAAGUCCAGACUGGGGAUAUGAUGACAAAAAUGGUCCUGAACAAUGGAGCAAGCUGUAUCCCAUUGCCAAUGGAAAUAACCAGUCCCCUGUUGAUAUUAAAACCAGUGAAACCAAACAUGACACCUCUCUGAAACCUAUUAGUGUCUCCUACAACCCAGCCACAGCCAAAGAAAUUAUCAAUGUGGGACAUUCCUUCCAUGUAAAUUUUGAGGACAACGAUAACCGAUCAGUGCUGAAAGGUGGUCCUUUCUCUGACAGCUACAGGCUCUUUCAGUUCCAUUUUCACUGGGGCAGUACAAAUGAGCAUGGUUCAGAACAUACAGUGGAUGGAGUCAAAUAUUCUGCCGAGCUUCACAUAGCUCACUGGAAUUCUGCAAAGUACUCCAACCUCGCUGAAGCUGCCUCAAAGGCUGAUGGUUUGGCAGUUAUUGGUGUUUUGAUGAAGGUUGGUGAGGCCAACCCAAAGCUGCAGAAAGUACUUGAUGCCCUCCAAGCAAUUAAAACCAAGGGCAAACGAGCCCCAUUCACAAAUUUUGACCCCUCUACUCUCCUUCCUUCAUCCCUGGAUUUCUGGACCUACCCUGGCUCUCUGACUCAUCCUCCUCUUUAUGAGAGUGUAACUUGGAUCAUCUGUAAGGAGAGCAUCAGUGUCAGCUCAGAGCAGCUGGCACAAUUCCGCAGCCUUCUAUCAAAUGUUGAAGGUGAUAACGCUGUCCCCAUGCAGCACAACAACCGCCCAACCCAACCUCUGAAGGGCAGAACAGUGAGAGCUUCAUUUUGAUGAGUCUGAGAAGAAACUUGUCCUUCCUCAAGAACACAGCCCUGCUUCUGACAUAAUCCAGUAGAAUAAUAAUUUUUAAGAAAUAAAUUUAUUUCAAUAUUAGCAAGACAGCAUGCCUUCAAAUCAAUCUGUAAAACUAAGAAACUUAAAUUUUAGUUCUUACUGCUUAAUUCAAAUAAUAAUUAGUAAGCUAGCAAAUAGUAAUCUGUAAGCAUAAGCUUAUGCUUAAAUUCAAGUUUAGUUUGAGGAAUUCUUUAAAAUUACAACUAAGUGAUUUGUAUGUCUAUUUUUUUCAGUUUAUUUGAACCAACAAAAUAAUUUUAUCUCUUUC